GGAAGUGACUUAGGGCCCACCGAGUUGGAGGAUUCGGGCAAAAAUGGCUGAAUAUUUAGCUUCGAUAUUCGAGACUGAGAAAGACAAAUCGGGGCCUGCCGGCAUGGGGACCGCUGCUCCCGGCUGCACAACAAACCAACUUUCAGCCAGACCGUAGUGCUGCUCAACCUGCAUAGGAGUCCUCGGAACACCGCCCAAACUGCAAAGGGAUUGCUCUCUGAGGGACCGUUUGUUGGAGGCAAGCCGGACAGCCCUCAUCAGGCCACUCUCUGAUUCCACCCUACCCCCUCAGGUCAUGUGAGCGACGUGGAGGUGCAAGAACAUUAUGAUAACUUUGAGGUGAGGGUUGGCAGAGGUGGGCUGAGUUUUUUGUCGUCCAGGAACUCAGCUGAACACCUCCUGGUCUUCGCAGGAGGUGUUCAUGGAACUGCAGAAGUAUGGGGAUAUUGAAAAGAUGAACUUAGGGGACCACCCCGUGGGCAAUGUCUAUGUCAAGGUGCCUGCUUUCCUCCCAUUAGAGCCCAGAGGUAGAGGCAUUUCAAUACCUAAAGGUCACCACUGAAGCCUCAUAGCUUGAGGUCCAUCACUAAAUCCAGUGUAGCCCCAGAGCUGCUAACUAAUCCCCUGAGGUUUCUGAAUCUGAAUGCUGACCCUUACCGACUUCCCCCUCAGUUUCCGAGUGAAGAGGAUGCUGAUCGGGCAGUAGAUGAACUCAAUAACUGCUGGUUCAAUGGGCAGACUGCAUGCUGAGCUGUCUCCUGUCACCGGCAUCCAGGAGUCAUGCUAUCUGCAGUAUGAAAUGGGCCCAGAGAAUGUACCCACGGUGGCUUCUGCAACUUCAUGCACCUGCAACCCAUCUCCCGGAACCUCCCGUGGCCGCUCUGUGGGUGGGAACCCAGGUGCAGUGGCAAAGGUGCUUGGCCGGAAACCCUGUGGUCGUGGUCCCCCAGGCUGCCUGCUGGGAUGGGGCCCCAACGCCUCCUGUCUGCUGUGCUGUUCCUGGCCCAGGUGGUGCCUCAGGAAGCCUCCCAGCACUGCAGCCGGCUCGAGUACUGGAACCCUGACAACCUGUGCUGUGGAAGCUGCCUGCAGCGCUUUGGGCCACCCCCGUGCCCAGACUAUGAGUUUUCGGAAAAUUGCGGGCUCAAUGACUUUGGUGAUCACGUAACGCACUACUUCAAAAAGUGUCCUCCUGGGCAGUGCAACCCCCACAACGAAGAGCUAUGUAGCCUCUGUGGCGGAGGAGCCAGGGCCCCCAUUCCAGCGAGAACCCAGCCGCGCUGCAGAGAGAGGCCGGCCCCUGCUAAGGAGACCUGCCUUCUAAAGCCUGAAACAACCAGCAUCCUAAGCUCCCAGGAGCCCAGCUCACCAGCAAUUUCCAUCCCCUCACCGACAUCUGAGCACACCGUGCAGUGGCAGGCCCUGCUGAUCUUUACCCUGCCUCUGGUGUUGGUUCUGCUCAUGACCUCAGCAGCCAUCCUUCUGUUCGCCCUGCAGAGGCGCAGCCCCUACCACCCCUAUCCUGGCUUGCUUUGCAGUGACUCCAACACCUCUCAAGGCCCUCUGGAGACAUCAAAGACAGAGCUGCCAAAUCUGGCAUCACAGCCCCUGUCCCGUCUCCUGGAUGAACUGGAGGUGCUGGAGGAACUGAUUGUGCUGCUGGACCCUGAGCCUGGACCAGGUGGGCCACUGUCCUGUGGUACCACUCGACACCUGGCUGCAAGAUAUGGACUGCCUGCUGCCUGGUCCACCUUUGCCUACUCACUGCGACCUAGUCACUCGCCUCUGCGUGCCCUGAUUGAGAUGGUGGUGGCAAGGGAGCCCUCCGCUUCUCUGGGCCAGCUUGGCACACACCUGGCUCAGCUAGGACGGGCAGAUGCCCUGCAGGUGCUGUCCAAGCUUGCCUGACCUGGGGCUCACCCAGCCUAGUACUCUACAGUAAAGGUUCCCUUGAAAUAAG